CUCACUUUGUGUUUCCCUCAUCGCACACACCCAGAGAAGCACGUGUGUUUCCUAGUGGACGAGCAACAGAGGGAUGCGCCAUGAAGUCUCAGCAAAAGUGCAUCGUGAUCUUCGCCUUGGUGUGCUGCUUCGCCGUACUGGUGGCGCUGAUUUUCUCAGCUGUGGACGUUUGGGGCGAGGACGAAGACGGGAUCACAGAGGACAACUGCAGCAAGAACUGCAGAGCAGUGCUUGUUGAGAACAUCCCAGAAGACAUCUCCUUCUUGGACAAUGGUACAUCCCACGUGCCUCUCUCAGUGGGGCUGUACAACCUACUGGACCGAGCUAUCCGGGUCGUAGAGAUAGUUUCCCCGCUGUGGCUCCUCAACUCCUCUGAUUAUGAAUCCAGCUUCCAGCCGGCUGCCAGACAGGGCAGGGCUCUGCUGUCCAGGCUGCAGGGGCUAAAAGCAAAAGGAAUCCAGCUGAAGAUCUCCAGCGGGAUGAUUGACUCGACAGAGCUCAAGAUGCUCGCCAGACACAAUGCUGAGGUCCACUAUGUGAACAUGACAGCGCUGACCAAAGGCCAACUCCUCUCCUCCUUCUGGGUGGUCGACAGGAGACAUUUCUACAUUGGCAGCGCCAGCAUGGACUGGAGAUCCCUGGCCACAAGGAAGGAGCUGGGUGUGUUGGUGUACAACUGCAGCUGUCUGGCUCUGGACCUCCACAGAGUUUUCAGUCUGUACUGGGGGCUUCAAUAUAAAGACUUCAUCCCCUCCUUCUGGUCCAAGCGCCUCUUUGCUUUAUUCAACAAGAACACACCUCUGGAGUUCACUCUCAACAGCACCAAGGCUCAGGCCUACAUCUCUAGCUCCCCAGAUGUUUUUAUCCCCAAAGAUCGUAGCAGUGAUCUGGAAGCCAUUUCCUGGGUCAUCCAAGAAGCCCGCCAUUUCAUUUACAUCUCCAUCAUCGACUACCUGCCCCUCCUCAGCAGCAACGCCCACAACAGUUGAGUGUGUGUGUCUGUAUCUGUGCCAAGGUACUGGUCUCGUAUCGACGGCCUUAUCCGGGAGGCUCUGAUCCUGAGGAAAGUGCGGGUUCGUUUGCUGAUAAGUUGCUGGGAAGAGACUCAACCACUUACUUUCAACUUCAUCUGGUCCCUGAGGAGUCUCUGUAUGGAGCAGGCCAACUGCUCACUGGAAGCUAAGUUCUUCAACCCCAGAGUGCAGAGGGAUGGCACUCUCCAGGGAAUAAACCACAACAGGUUUAUGGUGACAGACCGAGCCAUAUAUUUAGGUAACCUUGACUGGGUGGGGAAUGAGUUUACCUUCAAUGCAGGGGCAGGCCUGGUGAUCAGCCAGUCAGAGGGUAUCGAAGAGAGGAACGCCACAGUGGUGGAGCAGCUACGGGCUGCGUUUGACAGGGACUGGUUUUCCCGUUACACCCGCUCCCUUCAGGCCAAUAAGAUCCCUGUUUGCAACAAGCACCAGAUCAACAGGCUGGUGCCAGUAAAAGCCAGCCACCUAGACAAUGGACCAGUGCCUAUCAGAACAGGCCAGCACGAUAACGGACCUGCACCAAUGAGAAACAGUCACAAAGAUGACGGGCAGGCGGCUGUGAAAACAAAGCACCACGAUGAUAGACUGAGCAAAAUUAGUCCCCAAGGCAUUGAAAAUGGACUGCUGCCAAUUAUAGACAGUUAUCAAGAGAGGGGACAAGUCAAAAUAAGUCACCUUGACACCAGACAGGUACAAAUCAAAGGUAGUUACCCUGACAAUCCAAUGGAUCCACCCAGUCAGUCAUCUGAGAGCAGCGGCAGCAGAGAGAUCUCCAAUGGAUCACUGUGA